AUGACGACGACUAAUACUGUUGCAAAUAGUGCAAGUAGCACUUCUACCAACACAUUCAACGAGUAUGGUGCAUAUGAGAAGAAGCAAUACUUGUUGAAGGAUAAAUACAAGUACAUUGCGCCAAUCCAGGAAGGAGCCUUCGGGAAGGUUACAUUGGCGGUUAAUGUUCAAACAAAGGAGAAGGUGGCCAUGAAGGCCAUGUAUAAGGCACACGAGAACACCCGCAGAAUUGCCAACCAUGAAAUCGAUGUGUUAAGCAAGAUUGGACGCAAUAACGAUAACAUCUGCCAAUUGCUUGAUCACUUCGAAACUUCGGAGUUCAUCAUCUUGAUCUUGGAGUAUUGUUCCAAUGGUGAUUUGUAUGACUUAAUUCACUCUUCGAUCAAUAUUUCAGCGGUUGAUCUUUGGAAUAUCGCCAAAGAAUUAGCCAAUGCGUUGAAUUAUGCCCAUUCAUUGGGCAUUUAUCAUCGUGAUAUCAAACCCGAGAAUGUCUUGUUCAAUUGCUUUGGAAGAGUCAAGCUCUGUGAUUGGGGUUUGGCUACUACUGAAAGAAUGAACAGUGAAUUCAACGUCGGUACUGAGAAGUACAUGGCGCCUGAAGUGUUCAUUGAGAAGCCAGAAUUAACGGAAUACGACUGUAAGUACGUUGAUUACUGGUCUUUCGGUAUCACUUUAAUUACUGCAAUUUUUGGUACUUGCCCUUUUAAGCCUGCCGGAGAAUCCUCUAACAUUCAUUCUGACUAUAACUUCAAAAAGUUUGUUUACUAUGGCAAUUCCCAAAUCUUAUACGACAUAUACCCUACCAUGAACGAAACCUGCUUCAAUAUUUUCAUGAAUUUAUUGAAGAUCGGAGGUAAUGAAGAUAAUAUAUUAGAAUUUAACGAGAAAAUUAAUUCGAGAAACUUAGACAAUUUUAUUCAAGAUUUACAAGAUAAUUGGAAGUUUGGUUUGACUAUUGACGAGGAGUACGAAUUGGAACAACUUUAUAAUGAUGCAGAGUCCGACAAUUCUAAUGACCUUUUCAAUAUGGAUCAUGAUGACUUGUCUAACGAAAACCAAGACGAACAAUUAUCAUUUGAUACAAGCGUUGAAUCAGAAUCAGAUUCAGACGAAUACUUAUCCAAUUACGACAAUUCGAUCAAGAUUAGAAUGAACAAUGAAUCCGAUCAUCACAAUGUUAUUCCUUCUUUAAUCGAAUCAUCGAUUCAAUCGCUGUCUUCGAAGUCUUGGUGUGACUUGGAUGACGAUGAAGAAUUCAACCAAAUCUUCAAUGCCAUGUCACUCAACAGGACCCAGAAACCUCAAUUGGAUAUCGGCAAAGAUAACUUCAAGAAACCCAGCCUUGCUGCUAACGGUGAUAUUGACAUUUUGAAAGUCGAAUGGAAUUUAUAUAAUAGUAACCAUCAAGCCUAUAAUUGA